AAAUAAUGUGGUAGCUGCUGUGUCAAAAAAUAAAUAAAAAUAAAAAUGUGGUAGCGAUAGCGAGCAAGGGCAAUCAAAAGAAAGAAAUUUACGAGAUCGAUCGUGGUGGUGGUGGUGUUGAAGCUUUUGCUGCAUCUUGCAAUUCUCAACCUUUCCGCUGAAUCUUUCUGCUAGUUGAUGCCGAACAAGUGAUACAGAAAUAAUCCAGUCAACCGUGUAACUAACUUAUGGCAGCACUUGUUUCUGGAGAGUUGCCACAUCAUGGUGCACCUGGUGGAAAUUCAAUAGAUAAGCAAGAAGAAACAUUGGGUCGCUGGUAUAUGUCUCGAAAAGAAAUAGAGGAAAAUGCCCCAUCUAGAAAAGAUGGAAUUGACUUGAAGAAGGAGACAUAUCUGCGCAAGUCAUAUUGCACAUUUUUACAAGAUUUAGGCAUGCGGCUUAAAGUGCCUCAAGUAACUAUAGCAACAGCCAUAAUAUUCUGUCAUCGAUUCUUUCUUCGACAAUCUCAUGCAAAGAACGACCGAAGGACAAUUGCCACAGUUUGCAUGUUUUUGGCUGGAAAGGUCGAGGAGACUCCUCGUCCUCUCAAGGAUGUUAUUCUUAUUUCUUAUGAGAUGAUUCAUAAGAAGGACCCUGCAGCUGCACAGAGGAUAAAACAGAAGGAUGUAUAUGAGCAGCAGAAAGAAUUAAUUUUACUUGCAGAGAGGGUUGUACUUGCCACUUUGGGUUUUGACUUGAAUGUCCAGCAUCCAUAUAAGCCCCUUGUUGAGGCCAUAAAGAAGUUCAAUGUUGCAAAGAAUGCCCUUGCACAGGUUGCAUGGAAUUUUGUUAAUGAUGGGCUGAGGACAUCACUCUGCCUGCAAUUUAAGCCACAUCAUAUUGCGGCAGGUGCAAUUUUCCUUGCUGCCAAGUUCCUGAAAGUGAAGCUUCCGUCAGAUGGAGAGAAGGUUUGGUGGCAGGAGUUUGAUGUCACCCCACGCCAAUUGGAGGAAGUUAGCAAUCAAAUGUUGGAACUCUAUGAGCAGAAUAGAAUUCCACAAUCACAAGGAAGUGAAGCAGAAGGGGCUGCUGCAGGGGGGCCAAGAGCUGCUGCAAAGGCUCCGGCAAUGAGUGAGGAGCAGGCCUCAAAACAAAAUUCAUCUCAUUCACCUCCUCAGCGCUCAUCUGUGGAAAAUAAUGCAGUUCCACUUACAAGAAAUGAAAACCAAAGCAAUGAUGGGAGUGCAGAAGUGGGCAGUGACAUUACUGAUCAUAAGAUGGACUUGGAAACCAGGGAUUCUCAGUCCUCAGAAAAGUUGCCCGAGAAAGAUAACCAGAGAGAAGCGGCAAAUAAAUCUAAAUCUGGAACUGAACGAACAGUUGUUGGAGACCAAGAUAAACUAGUUGGUACAAAGGAGGUUGCAGAAUCAGGAAGGAGUGAUGAUACAACAUCAUACAAGUCAAGUGGCAAUGUUGGUCGAAAUUUGGAGCUUCGUGAAGGCCCACUUGGUUAUUCACCCAAAGAAGCAAUCAAGAUGAUUGAUACAGACAAAGUAAAGGCCGCGUUAGAAAAAAGGAGAAAGGAACGAGGUGAAAUGACAAUAAAGAAAGAUAUAAUUGAUGACGAUGAUCUCAUUGAGAGGGAGCUUGAAGAUGGAGUUGAAAUGACAAACAAGAAGAUUGACAAAGACAAGGUAAAGGCUGCAUUAGAAAAAGGGAGAAAGGAACGAGGUGGAAUGACAAUAAAGAAAGAUGUAAUGGAUGAGGAUGAUCUCAUUGAGAGGGAGCUUGAAGAUGGAGUUGAAAUGACAAACAAGAUGAUUGAUACAGACAAAGUAAAGGCUGCGAUAGAAAAAAGGAGAAAGGAACGAGGUGAAAUGACAAUAAAGAAAGAUGUAAUGGAUGACGAUGAUCUCAUUGAGAGGGAGCUUGAAGAUGGAGUUGAAUUAGCAGUUGAGAAUGAGAAAAGUAAGCGAGAGAGAAGACAGAGCUGGUCUAAGCUUGAUGGCGAGGACCUUGAGGAAACUAGAGAUGAGAGUAAGUUGGGCGUGAAAGGGAAGUUACGGAAAGACAGGGAUGAAUUCAAUGCAGAAGAAGGGGAGAUGAUAGACGAUACUUCAUCCUUGUUGAACAAUCGCAAGAGAAAGAUGAUAGAUGAGGAUAUUCCCAGUCAACAACCAGAGAUGAAGAAACGUCUUGAUUCCAAUUAUCACAAUGAUCUUUCUGAAUAAGGAAUGAGAAGGGUAAAAUUUGGUUAUGCAGACAGGGAACACAUAGCGAAUGAAGAGAAAAAUAUUUGUUGAAGUGAGUAUUCUACUUUCCUUUAUUUGCUUAUUGUGUUAUGGAAUUGAUGACUCUGGUUGCUCUUGCUUACCUUCUGACAUUUCUUAAUUGUGGAACGGGAUACCUCAAUUUUGGUAGUGCAAUUAAUAGCUUAUGCUUUCUUUGGGGGGAAGUGUAUGUUAUGUGAAUUUCAUGCUAUUUCAUACCUGUUAA